UUAUUUAAAAUUAUAGCGUAACAUUGCUCUUUAAAAUUAUCAGAAACCAUAGCGGCGAUCAGUCUUAUUUUCCGUCGUGAAGAAGCUGCGUCUGAUGAGUAGGGUUGUAGCAGGGUUCGGUUUGCACCUCUCCCCCUUUUCUCUCUUUUCCGUCAAUUCAGAGCUUAUGGUUCGUUCUUCGUUAUCUCUCAUCGAUCUACAGUAGCUAAAUAGAAAUAGCAACCCGUUAUUUUCUCUGUUUGAACUAUAAGUAACUAGUUUGGGUGGUAGCUUUUUUUAUUUUCAUGGAAUUUAUUCCAGUGGAUCAGAACAGAACAAAUUUCUGCUUGAGGAAAAGGAAUUUGUGUUCUUUUUGAUCUAUUUCCAAGAUUUAGGACUAAUUGUAAUUCUGAGUUUAUCAAAUUGCUUGAAGAAGACCUGUAUUCAUAUGUUUUUUUUUGUGGAAAAAUUUACCAGAAACUAUUACCAUUGGAUCAAAUAGAGCAGUACCAUUGGAUCAAAUAGAGAAGUAGGAUACUUAUAUAUUGGUUUAUAAUUUUUUGAAAAUUGGGGGUUUUCUGUGUUACAGAGAACGCUUGUGAAACUUACAUGUGCGUAUGUUUGAGUAUAAUGUGCUGAAGAUGCUUAUUGCGGUCUGAUUCUGUAGUGAAAUUAACCGGGAUACGAAUAUCUUGUGUUUGAUCAUUUAGUGUACACUAGGUCAGUUAUAUGGUACGUAGUUUUAUCAUAACCAAGCUUUGAAGCUGCAACUUUGUGGUGCGAUUUCUCAAACAUACCUCCUUGGAAGCAGUUUGCUGAUUACACUCUUAAUGGGACAAUUUCUUCGCUAUAUGGCAAUGUGUUUUGUUAAUGGAGGGAAGCACCAGUCCUCGCCGUCUCACCUUUAUUUGGCUCCCUGCUUGUAAUGCUUGCUUUGGGAUUUGUGGCUGUGAAGUAGCAUGUAUUUUUUUUUUUUGAAAACAAUGAUUGAGAGUAUGUUUAGCUGAUUGCAUGUUUGUUUUGAUAGAAUAUUAGAUGGAGGUACUCCAGAAAGAACCGACAGUAUUUGCAGUUGAGAAUCUGAAAGAUGCUGGGAUUGGGGAGUUUGAUGUGGAGGCUUCUGAGUCUGAAUCAGACUCAAAAGGAGAUGAGGAUGUGAAGUUGACUGAACCUUCAAAGAAGAGUGGAUAAACAAGCUUUCUGUUGAUAUUGAUCGAGAACAAGAGGUGGAUGUGAAUGAUGACUUGACGCAGGAGCUUGCUUUUUAUACACAGGCAUUGGAGGGUACAAGACAGGCCCUCUUGAAGUUUCAUUCUAUGGGGCUUCCUUUCCUAACGACCUCUGUUUUCUACACUGAGAUGGUGAAGUCUGAUACUCUCAUGGAGAAGGUUAAGGACAGGCUCUUAGUGCUGCUCCUGGGGAUCGAUCCGGAGGGAAGGCAAGACAAGGAGGUGGAAAGGGGAAGAAAGGAUCUGAUAAAAACAGAAAACAUAGGGAAUUCAGGGAUUCCAGGUUUGGAUUUGGAGGCAGGAAAGGUUUAAAAAAGCAGAACACUGCCGAGACUACCAAUGAUUUUAGAGGUCUCAACAACAGAUUUCUCUGGAAAUAAGAAGAGGAAGAGGUGAUAAACAUUUGUCUGAUUUAGACUCAUUCAGUUGUGAAUAGUAUGGACAAAAUUAAGGGCUGUGGGCAGUUAGAAUUUCGCAUAAUAGAUGAAAUGAAAACAGAUCUCUACCGCAGUGAACUCGUAUUCGUCGAGAAGGUGGAUCCGACAACCAGGAAUGAGUUGUAAGGGCCAAAAGAAAGCCUAAGGAGUGGUGAUGAAUUGUUCGUGGGGCUGAACCGAUGCUGGUGGCUCGCAAGGGUUCCUGGAACACAGAAAACAGGUUAGAAGUGCGCCGGAGUGUCGUCUGGCGUAUCCCCUCCGACGAUUAAUUCAAUUUCUUGAGAAAGAGGAAGAUGAAAACACUGUAUGGCUCUUGAAAGGUAAUUUUGCG